UAUUAUAUUGUAUUAUUAGGGUGGUUUUUAGAACUGACAUGAACUAAAAAGUAGUUGAGUUGAGUAUAGUAAACAAAAUUUACUAUGAUUUGGCUGAUAAAAAAAAAGUAUUGUUUGUAUAGAGUUUAAAACAAAGAAAUAAUUAAGCACUUGUUAUUUACUCCAAUUCCAUUCAUUUCCAUAUCCAAAGAGAAUCUGACUAUAAGUGAUGCUGUUGCUGAGGCUGAGAGAGGUGUAAGGGAAAAGAUGAGUCAGGAAUCCAAAGAUGACAUAACUCUCACUUUCUCUCUCUCUCUCUCUGCCUGCCCCCUUAAAUUUGUCAAGCAUCACUGGAUGGGAACACCAGAUAUAUAUGUAUAAAUAUAUGUUUUUUCAGAUAAAUUUUAAAUAAUAAUAUCUCUCUUCUGCCACUUUCUGAUUUUGAUCUCUCUCUCUCUCUCUCUCUCUCUCUCUCUCUCUCUCUCUCUCUCUCUCUCUCUUUGACCCUCCUAAUUCAAUCCCUUAUUUAAGUCCAACCACCUCACAAUUCUUAAAUUCCUCUAUCACACAACCUACAUAGAUAGCUUAGCUAGACUCCCAUUAUAUAAUACAUUUAGUUCUUUUCUGUUGUUAUAACCUUCUGUGUAGUCUUUGUGUUGCAAUGUUUUUCAAGAGUGAGAAUAAUCAACAACAGAAACAAGAAAAAGAAGAAGAAGAAGAAGAAGCUGGAAAUGAAUUUUCAGAUAACCAAUUAGAUGUGGAAUCAAGAACAAGUACUGGAAACGACAAUAAUAAUAAUAAUGAUGAUCAUCUUGGGGAUUGGUUAAGCUUAGGAGGCCUCAGCAAAAAUCAAUUGUCUUUUUCAGCUGGAGAAUUUGAUCAUCAUCAUCAUCAUCAUCAUCAAUCCUCCUCCUCAUCAUCAUCAUCAAAAAUAGCACCAACAACAAACAAGAUUUUCUCUUGUAAUUUUUGCAUGAGAAAAUUCUAUAGCUCACAGGCUUUAGGGGGUCACCAAAAUGCUCACAAGAGAGAAAGAGGAGCAGCCAAGAGGUACCACUCUCAUAGAAUGAUGAUGAACACAAUGGGCUUGGGCUUUAACCCUUUCACCCAACUCACUACACCUCGAUCUCUUGGAGUCCAGGCCCACUCUCUCGUUCACAAGCCCAAUAGCAGAGAAGUAGGGUCCUCUGCUGCUAUGGUUGCAAGAUUUAGUGAUGCUGAAACUGGAUUUGGGUCUGGGUCUGGGCCUGGGCCUGGGCCUGGGAUGAUGCCAUGGACUGGUACUGUACCCUUUAUGCUUGAAGAAACCGUGGAUUUGGUUUGGCCAGGAAGUUUUAGAGUUGAAAAGUUGCCAAAACCAGUAUCUGAAAUACAUCAUCAUCAUCAUAAUAAUAAUAGGACUACUAUGCUGGACUUAAAUCUCAAUCUUAGUCUUUGAUCUUUUUUUUUUUUUUUUUUUUUUUUUUUUUUUUUUUUUUGUAAUGUGAUUUCAGUUCUUGUUCUUCUUCUCUGAUGUUAUGCCUUAUUAACUGAUCUGUAUCAUAGUUUGAUAUCCAUCAGAUUGGAAUGUACAAAUAUAUAUUAGAGGCUUAAUCUUUGUUCUAGCUACUCGAAAUAUAAAAAGAAAAGAAAAGUAGAAUAAUUAUAAUUGAACAAGUUCUACACCUACUUCUUCUGUAUUGACUUUAGUCAAAGUAAAGUUAUAUAAACAAUAAAUUUAUCC